UCAGCCAAUAGGGAUGCAGAGUGGAUCAAAUAUCACUAUAACAGAAGGACAUAAUCAGCGCGGUAAGUUUGCAGAACCUUACAGCCUGUCUUGGCCAGCAGGAGCUCGCUUCUUUCAGCUUUUCUGAGGUUGCAAAGUCCACUGUCACCAUGUCUGACACAGAGGAUGUUGGGGUUGAGGAGGAGAAGCCAAAGUUCAAGCCCAGUGCUCCAAAGAUCCCCGAUGGUGAGAAAGUGGACUUUGAUGACAUCCAGAAGAAACGUCAGAACAAGGAUCUGAUUGAGCUGCAGGCCCUGAUCGAUGCUCACUUUGAGCACAGAAAGAAGGAGGAAGAGGAGCUGAUUGCACUCAAGGAGAGGAUUGAGAAGCGUCGUGCUGAGAGGGCCGAGCAGCAGAGGGUCCGUGCUGAAAAGGACAAGGAGCGCCAGGCCAGACGUGAGGAGGAGAGGCGGAUCAAGGAGGAGACUGAUGCCAAGAAGAAGGCAGAUGAGGAGGCUAAGAAGAAGUCUGCUCUCUCCAGCAUGGGGUCCAACUACAGCAGUCACCUGCAGAGAGCUGACCAGAAGAGAGGAGGAAAGAAAGAGACUGAGAGAGAGAAGAAGAAGAAGAUCUUGGCCGCCAGACGCAAGGCACUCAACAUCGACCAUCUGAACGAAGACAAGCUGAAGGAUAAGAUCAAUGAGCUGCAUGAAUGGAUGACUCAGCUGGAGUCUGAGAAGUUCGACCACAUGGAGAGACUGAAGAGGCAGAAGUAUGAGGUUACAACCCUGCGUAAGAGAGUGGAGGAGCUCAGUAAAUUCAGCAAGAAGGGAGCUGCUGCCCGCCGCAGAAAGUAGAUGCACUCAGCCUGCCACUGCUCAGCAACCAAACUGCAAUCAUCUCGGACACGCGCCUGAUGAAGCAGCACACACCGUGGCGAAGGUUAUAGCUCAGAAGAAGCCAGUAACGCUAAGGUUUACCCUGCAGUUUCCCAACAACAUCCUGAUAUAUGCAACCAGGAGCCUUUAGCUGCUGUUCACUAGCAAUAAAAAUCACUAAACGUAUUCGCCAUCACACUUUCUCACCCUCGGCUGUUUGGUUCUCAGUAUUUUUGUAAAUAAAGUGUGACUCCUCAA